CAAAGGACUGUACCGGUACUGGUGACUGGUGUAAUCCGUAAAGGCCUACCGGUACAGGUACCACCAGUAUGUACGGUACCAAGGAAGACUGUGCUGUACUUCCCUCGGUCGUGCAGAAAUUCCGAAGAGCUGUACCGCAUGUCCACACUCAGCUUUGCACAUAAAUCAACAAUUGACUUGCUUCUGGAACAAACGAAGACUGAAAACAACGACAAACAAAAGCAACCCAAGGAUUUGUAUCGAGAAAACAAUGCCMCUUACAACAGCAAUUUCGAAUUAUAUGAACCGGAGAAAUGCGGAGCUUGUGGAAACCGAAGAACCAGAUGACGAGGAAGCCCUUCGCCGUGAUAUCUCGGAUAACAACAGUAUAACUGAUGAUGACGGCGAAGAAGGUGAAUUUGUUGGAACAAAUACAGGAUCAAGCAAUCAAAGUCGCACAGUUUCUGACGAAGGUGGUCAGCGAACUCCGAUGCUGGAACAGGUGCCGGACGACGAAGACAUUGAUAUGAAUAGAUCCAGUAGCAACAACAACGACAACCCAACAGUCCAGGAGGCGACAACUGCGUCAACUGCCCCUCCAACGACAUCGGCAUCUCGUCCUCGAAUGCAACACGGAUUCACGUUAAGAGAUUUAGAGGAAGAGAGAGAACUUGUCCAGCGACGAACGAGCGCUUGUGUCCUCCUUUCAAGUUUUAUAUUGUUGCGUCUGUGGUAAGUUCGCCUUUCGUUCAACAUAUUCUGUGAUUUCAGAAUAACGUGGAACAAGAAUUGAUUGAUGAUUCUCACACAUUUUAAAAUUCAUAUUUUCAUUUGUCUCUUGUUGCUGCGCGUCCCAUCCUUUGAUUGUUUGUUUUUCGUUCCACGGCGUAGGAUCCAAGCACUUAUGACCGGUGACUUUGGUCUUCUACUUUUAUGUUUAUUUUGUACGUCAUGGGUCUCCAAAUUUGUUAGAUACACACGAGAUCGUGAAGAAGAGUUGAACAGGAUGAUCAAUGAUUGGGAUGAAAAUGCCGAGGAAGAGCCAUCUACUAUCACCGACGCUCGCCUUCGCAGAAUGUCUUUCCAAUCUCAACUAGCACUUGCGAUUAUGCAGAGCCAGAUACAAUUGAUGGAAGGGGGAUACGGUCAUCCCGAUGGAGGAGAGAGAGGAGCAGGUGUUGGUGACGAUGCCAAGAGCCACUGGGAUCGAUUUGUUUACAACUCAGCUGGAUCUCUCUCGCAGAGAGGUCGCUACGGCACCGUUGCAGAAGAAAAAGAUGCCGCUGCAAAGACUGUCGACGAUGAGGAGCCAACUUGUUCUAUUUGUCUCUGUGAAUACGAGAAAGGAGACAACCUUGUUUCCCUCCCCUGUGGCCACGUCUUCCACGAAGACUGUAUCACAUCAUGGACGGACCACAACAAGCGAUGUCCUCUCUGUAACGCGGACUUGGAAUCACUUCGUCGAGAUGAAAUAGUAUGAUGACUUCUGCACUCAAGAAACUUUCUAUUCCUCUCAGAAAUGUUCAUAAUUGCUGUAUCAAUUUAUGUUAUAUUAUUUCAAGCAGAAUUGAUCAAGCAUCAACGCUCACACAACAAGUAUAAAAGUAUGCAUGAUACGACUAGAUUCCUCGUUGAACUUUCCUACAGUGGUGACGGUCUUCUUGAUCCUGGUACCUUUGUAGUAUUUGUGGCGCCCAACCUUUUUGCUGUAUUGGUUUUGUCGAGGGACGUGUUCUUCGUCCAGAUGAGUGGUAUGUGUCUAAACGCACCUUGUACUGGUAGUUGUAGGACAGUUGAAUCAGUCAAGUAGCAGCUACUACUACCAGUACUAGGAAUACUAAUGGAGUACUAGUACUAGCAUGAUGCUACUAAUAGUACUACUCCUACCACAACUGUCACUAGUACCACCACCACUAGUACUACUAGUACUCCUCGUCGUCCUCGUCAUCUUUUUCAGCAAGACAAACCAGGAGGUUGUUGUGCUUGUUAUUAAGUUUAAGAGAUUU